GCCCUCCUGUCCCUACAGGAAUGCUCGCCCUAUGCAGCCCAUCUCUAUGACGCCGAGGAUCCGGCCACCCCACUGCGGACAGUACCUGGCCUCUGUGAGGAUUAUUGCCGGGACAUGUGGCAGACCUGCCGAGGCCUUUUUCGACACCUUUCCCCUGACCGCGAGCUCUGGGCCCUGGAGAGCAACAGGGCCAAGUUAUGCCGCUACCUGUCCCUAGAUGACACCGAUUACUGUUUCCCAAGCCUGCUGGUCAACGAGAACCUGAACUCAAACCUGGGCCGUGUAGUGGCUGAUGCCAAGGGCUGCCUGCAGCUGUGUCUGGAGGAGGUGGCCAAUGGGCUUCGAAACCCCGUUGCCAUGGUACACGCAGGGGAUGGCAGCCACCGCUUCUUCGUGGCCGAGCAGGUGGGGCUGGUGUGGACCUACCUGCCUGACCGCUCUCGCCUGGAGAAGCCCUUCCUGAACGUGAGCCAAGCAGUGCUGACGUCCCCCUGGGAAGGGGACGAGCGUGGCUUCCUGGGCCUUGCCUUCCACCCCCGCUUCCCACAUCCCAGCAAGCUCUAUGUCUACUAUUCUGUGGGGGUCGGCUUCCGAGAGUGGAUCCGUAUCAGCGAGUUCAGAGUCUCAGAGGAUGAUGAGAACACCGUGGAUCAUGGCUCAGAGAGGAUAAUCCUGGAGAUUGAAGAACCAGCCUCCAAUCACAAUGGGGGCCAGCUGCUUUUUGGGGACGAUGGCUACCUCUACAUCUUUACUGGAGAUGGCGGGAUGGCCGGAGACCCCUUUGGGACGUUUGGAAAUGCGCAAAACAAGUCGGCGCUGCUGGGCAAGGUGCUGCGCAUCGACGUGGACCGCAAUGAGCGUGGCCCGCUCUACCGUAUCCCUCCCGACAACCCGUUCGUGGGCGACCCCGGAGCGCGGCCCGAAGUCUACGCCCUGGGAGUGCGCAACAUGUGGCGCUGCUCCUUCGACCGCGGAGACCCGAUGUCUGGCACUGGCCGUGGCCGCCUGUUCUGUGGGGACGUGGGCCAGAACAAGUACGAGGAGGUGGACCUGGUGGAGAGCGGCCGCAACUACGGCUGGCGUGCUCGCGAGGGCUUCGAGUGCUACGAUCGCAAGUUGUGCGCCAACGCCUCCCUCGAUGAUGUGCUGCCGAUUUUCGCCUACCCUCACAAGCUGGGCAAGUCAGUCACUGGGGGCUAUGUGUACCGGGGCUGCGAGUACCCCAACCUCAACGGCCUCUACAUUUUUGGCGAUUUCAUGAGUGGGCGACUGAUGUCCCUCCGAGAGAACCCAGAGACCGGGCAGUGGAAGUACAGUGAGGUCUGCAUGGGCCGGGGACAGACAUGUGCUUUCCCAGGUCUCAUCAACAACUACUACCCACAUAUCAUCUCCUUUGCAGAGGAUGAGGCCGGGGAGCUGUACUUCAUGUCCACGGGCGUGCCCAGUGCCACAGCUGCACGUGGGGUCAUCUACAAAGUGAUAGACCCCUCCAGGCGGGCGCCUCCAGGGAAGUGUAAGAUACACCCUGCUCAGGUGAAGGUGAAGAGUCGUCUCAUCCUCUUUGUGCCCAAGGAAAAAUUCAUCCGAACACCAGAGAGCACUCCGCGCCCCACGGCCCGCGCCCCAACUAAGGCGCCCCGCCGCAGGCGCCCCACAGCCGCUCCCUCGGCACCCAUCAUACGGCCCACAAAGCCCGCACGGCCCACCCGACGACCAGGGGCCCGGAAGGGAGGCGGGCGACGGCGGGGACGUCCCAGCACCGCGGUCCCUGCGCCCCAGAAUGGAUCCGUGCGCCUGGUACGGCCCGCAGGCCUGAGCCCCGGCCGCGGGCGCGUGGAAGUGUUCGUAGGAGGGCACUGGGGUACGGUGUGCGAUGACGCUUGGGACACCAAAGCGGCCGCCGUGGUGUGUCGCCAGCUGGGUUUUGCGCACGCGGUGCGAGCAGUCAAGCGCGCGGAGUUCGGCGAGGGUCGCGCGCUACCCAUCUUGCUGGACGACGUGCGCUGCGCGGGCAGUGAACGCAACCUGCUGGAGUGCGCGCACGCUGGCGUGGGCACGCAUAACUGCAAGCACGAAGAGGACGCUGGCGUCGAGUGCAGCCACGAAGACCCGGACCUAUAGCCUGGCCUCAUCUCCUUGACUGUGCCACCCUGUGAGGAUAGAGCCUGGAAUGGCUCCUUUGGUUUGUGGGCACCCCGUGCAGCACACACCUGCCGUGGUGGAGGUUCAUCUGCAUCUGUGUCCCCCUGGGUGUGUGUGUGGUUUGUGGAUAAGAUCUCUUACCUCUCAGCUCUUCUGAGAGUGAGGGCAGCGACUCUUCAGGAACAGCACUGGAUGGGGGAGGCUUUACAGUGUUAGACUGAGGGAUAGAGCCAGGUCUCCCCUGCCAGGGCUGAGUGACAGGCUCCGUACCGACAGGAGCGUGGUCGGAGAAAUAUGGUCAGAGUGUGGACAGGUGACCCAGCAGUCAGAGGCACUGCAAAAAAAAGAUCAGAGAGCCUGAAAGCCAGAGAGAAGGAUCUUAUAGGGUCAGGGGACCUUUGUAGUACACCAGGGAUCAGGCUGCUGAAGGGAAUCAAGCGUCCAUGACAGAAGGCGGACUAGAGGGCCUGGAGGACCUCGGAGGCCACUUGCUGCGCUCUGUAGGCACCCUGGACAGGCUACUGGGUCCCCUCCAUCCCUGAAGACUGACCCUCACCUAUUCAUGAGACAGAAGCAACUUAUGCUCACACUCGGUCCUGUCUGUUCAAUCUCUGGGCUCCAGUUGGAGAUGGGGGUGGGGUCUACUUUCAUCGCCUUACUGCCUCCCUCACCUCCCAGGGGAUCCUCAGACUCCCAGGGGAUCCUCAGAUAAUCCCCCCCCACCUAUGGGCUAAGAAGCCUUUGGACUGUCAAGACUACUCAUCAUGGCUGUGCCAACAAUCCAACUAUUUGCAAUUCUUCCCUCCCUCCUUUUGUCACCUGCCACACACCUGGAAGCUGGGAUGCAAGAUGAGGGGGCAGAGUAAAGAGGGCGGGGCCUGUAGCUUCUCUCCCGGCUCUGUGGGAAGAGACUUCCUUGUUCAUGGAAGAUGGCCGCACCGGCGGCUCUGUGCCAGGUCCCAAUAGCUGUAACUUAGCUUCAGAUAGGGGUAGAGCCAGGGACACAAACCGGUCACCAGGCAGGGAGGACGGGAUGUGGCCUGUGUCAGGCAGUUGUGGCCAGGGCUCUGGAUGAGCUUGGUGGCCCAACUCGUUCAUUCCCGCACUGGUCUGAACAGGCCCGUGUUCCAGCAAGGGAAUUGGUGCAGACUCAGAUGUCCGCUCCUGUUCACCUCAGCUGGGCAGAGCCCUGCUGAAAGGGAGCUGGGGCUCACCCCGGCGGCUCUGCAGCUCUCCACACUGGUUACCCUCUGAAAUAAAUAAGAAAGUUCCUGAACUGUUAAGGAAAUGACAGAAAAGGAAAACAUUGCUUCCGGAAGUAAAGCUGUGCAGUCACAAGGCCGGAGAACCUUGUGAGAAAAUAGAGAUAAUAAGAUUUCUGGACUUAAGGUAGCAUUACAGAUGCAACCAAUGCAUUCCAUGAAUCUUCUGUAAAGAAAUCUCAGUUCUGAUUUGGUGACAUCCCUGUCCUUCCUCAGUGGCUCCUCACCCCUGUCCUUCCUCAGUACCUCCCCAUCCCUUGUCCUUCCUCAGUGCCUCCCCCAUCCCUGUCCUUCCUCAGUACCUCCCCCAUCCCUGCCCUUCCUCAGUGCCUCCCCCAUGCCUGUCCUUCCUCAGUGC